GUCCGGGAGCCGGAGUGAGAGCCCGCGGUGUGCACGGCCGAAGCGCCCGGUCCCGCGCCCGCGUCCCCAAGGCAUGCCGGGCCCCCGCCUGCUGGCCGCGCUCUGCGGCGCGCUCCUCUGCGCCUCGGGACUCUUGGCCUUCUCCGGUGACUUCUGUGACUCUAGCCAGUGCCUGAAUGGUGGGACCUGCCUGUUGGGCCGGGACAACACCCCUUUCUACUGCCUCUGCCCUGAAGGCUUCACAGGCAUCAUCUGCAAUGAGACCGAGAAAGGUCCUUGUAACCCAAACCCCUGCUACAAUGAUGCUGAAUGCCAGGUGAUCAAGGACGAACACCGGGGGGACAUCUUCACCCAGUACAUCUGCAAGUGCCCUCAUGGCUACACAGGUGUCCACUGUGAGAUCACCUGCGCCAUGCCGCUGGGCAUGGAGACGGGUGCCAUUUCCGACUCGCAGAUCUCUGCCUCGUCUGUGUACUUGGGCUUCAUGGGUUUACAGCGCUGGGCCCCAGAGCUGGCCCGCCUGCACCGCACGGGCAUUGUCAACGCUUGGACAGCCAGCAACUAUGACAAGAAUCCCUGGAUCCAGGUGAACCUGGUACGGAAGAUGUGGGUGACGGGCGUGGUGACACAGGGUGCCAGCCGAGCAAGCAACGCCGAGUACCUGAAGACUUUCAAGGUGGCCUACAGCCUCAACGGACGCAAGUUCCAGUUUAUCCAGAGCGCGGAGGGGUCAGGAGACAAGCUGUUUGUGGGUAAUACGGACAACAGCGGCCUGAAGGUCAACCUGUUUGACUUCCCUCUGGAGGUGCAGUAUGUGCGGCUGGUGCCCAUCACCUGCCACCGGGGCUGUACCCUCCGUUUCGAGCUCCUUGGAUGCGAGUUGAAUGGAUGUGCUGAACCCCUGGGCAUGAAGGACAACACCAUCCCCGACAGGCAGAUCACGGCCUCCAGCAUCUACAGGACCUGGGGCCUGAAUGCCUUCAGCUGGUAUCCCUUUUACGCGAGGCUGGACAAGCAGGGCAAGUUCAACGCCUGGACCGCCCAGACCAAUGAUGCCUCUGAGUGGCUGCAGGUUGACUUGGGCACCCAGAGGCAAGUGACGGGCAUCAUUACCCAGGGGGCCCGAGACUUUGGCCACAUCCAAUAUGUGGCAGCCUACAAGGUGGCCUACAGUAACAACAGCAUGAACUGGACCGAGUACAGGGACCAGGGGGCCUUGGACAGCAAGAUCUUCCCUGGCAACUUGGACAACAAUUCCCACAAGAAGAACAUGUUUGAGAUGCCCUUCCUGGCUCGCUUUGUGCGCGUCCUGCCCGUAGCCUGGCACAACCGUAUCACCCUGCGUGUGGAGCUGCUGGGCUGCUAGCGGUAGGCCCGGCCUGCGCCACCCGAAGGGCCGCGGGGCGCCUGCCCUCACCUGGUCCUCCUGGCCUUCUGUUGGCCUGUGGCCUUCUCCACCCCACCUCCUGAUUGUAGGUGACGGGGGAAGGAGAGGCAGGGGUUUCAGUCACCUCCCCUCUCUCCUUCUCCCCUCCCCCCUCCUUCCCCUCCCCCUCCCCCAUGGCCCUGGCGCCCCGCCCUCACGCCGUCCCAUUUUCUUAGACACCAUGGGAGUGGAGUAGGUCUGGGAUGGAGAGGGAAGGGUGAAGUAGGGAGUCAGUUACCUGCACCCCUCGGAUCCCUGGUUCUAGUCUGUUUUCCCCGCACUCUCUCCCACACCCCACGUUCCCACGGCCCUGGAGGAAGGCCCUGAGGCGCCAGGCUGGAGAUAACGGUCUCCUGUCCCUUAGCCUGAUGCUGCCACCCUCCUGCUGCCACCUAGCCCCCCUCCCACGUGCCUCUUCUCUCCCUGGAGACCCGCCCCUCUUGACCCUUGUCCUGAAGCCUAAGAAGAAACAGAAGGGGGGGAGUGGGGGGGGCGGGCUUAUGGAGAGAGGGGUGGAGGUGGGUGGGCAUGGGGGGGGCACCCUCUGUGCUGGUUCUUUACCCCAGAGUACACAGGCAGCUUCCAAAAUAUAUUUAUAUCACCCCCUGAACUCUUGCUGUGGCUCAUCACUGCCCCGUCCACAUGGGCUUUGGCCUGGGCUGUCCCCCCCCCCCCCCCCCGCUCCCCUCAGGCCUUCCAGAUACCAGUAUUCUUGUAUCACCUGCUGGUUGUGGAGAACUUACGAGAAGGGAGAGACUAUUGGGGGUCGGGGGUCCCAUGGAGUCCUCAUGCCUGGGCCUCUUCUCCGUUCUCCCUGCCCCAGACCGACUCCUGCAGCCUUGGGGUCCACAGCUGCUGCCCAGUGAGGGGCCCAGGGGAUGCCUGGCACACACACAGCCGGUCUCCGUGAAUGCCUUUGCUCUCUUCCCGUGCCAGUAGGAGAGGCUGAGGCUGUUGGUUUUCCCCUUCAGCAUUUUCUCCGCUUCCAGAGUGAGGGGCCGGAGAAACGGCUAGAAACUCCGCGAACCUGGGCUGCAUUCAGAGCUGUGUGAGGCUCCAGCGGUGGGGUGCAGUGUGGGUGGAAGGGGCCAGGGCUCAGCCAAGUGGUCACGAGGUCUCCUGGCUGAGCACACUAGUUCCUGAGAGGCCGCUGGCAGGGCUGUGGGGCCGCAGAAAGCUCCAGGGGUACCCGCUCUGCUCUCACCACCCUGCCCCCCAAUGCAGGGGCAGUCAGGAAGCAGGCUUUGGGGGGGCAGUGCCGGCCACCCCCUGGUGAUCGGGGACAAGGGGGCUGGCAGGUAGAGGAGGGACCGAGUAGCUGGGAAAGGUAUGUAAAACCACCUUAGUAUCCUAGGCCUUGGAACACAAGGUGAAUUUUCUGGAACAAACUUUGGGAGCCUUGCUGGGAUAUACAUACAUCUCUAGGCAGCAGAUCUGGCCACAUGGCUGCCAAAGGGAGGGUGUGGCUUUGCUGGAACCUGGGGAGGAAAAUUAGUGUGGAAGUGGCUCCUUCCAGAGAGCUCCCCUUGCCAGCGAUUUUUAGCCAGGCAGGAACAGACUAAAGGCCCAGCCUGCGGUCUCUGAAUGGGGACUGGGGCUCCCCGCCCCUGGGGGUCUUUCAGCCGGGUCACUCCCUCCCGUCUCCGAGACCUCUUCUGUGGAGCUGCAUGGAUUGUGUUUGGAGUCAGUCCUUCUGGCUGGUUGGCGGCAUCUGGGCUCCCUCUGGGGAGCCUUUCCCGUCGACAACCCUGUUCUGGCCUCUCCUGGGGACUAGCAGCCAGUGGGAGGAGCUUCUUUUCAGUGCACCUGUGCUCUGGGAUGCUUCCACCUCCCCAGUCAACUGGGCCGUGAGCCUUGCUAGAAGUUGGGAGGCCCAUAAAGGGAAACGGAGAGCUUCACUCUUACAGGUCCACAACCCCCGUUCAUGGCAUGGAAUGUUUGCUGUGGGCCAGUCUCAUCGGCUGACUGGCCAUGGGGGCUGGUGAGCAGUCGUCACAAGGCCCCCACCUGGCCCAGGAGCCCCGAGGUCACUCUGGAGUAGCUGAAGCCACCCAGACCCUCCUCAUCUCUGCGACCUUGGAGGAGUUGGUCACGGCCUUCUAAAAGUCCCCCUCUGGAGAGCCUGGGGCCCUCACUCCUGCUCCCCCUGCCCUCGGCUCCUCUCGCCUGGGUAGUCUUUCCACUUCCGUAGACGUUCACCAUCUCCUCCCCAGAUUUGCUUUUAUUCCUGACCGCUGUCUGGGGGGCCAGCCCUGGCUGGCGUGUGAAACUUGCUGGAGCAAAACUGCCCUCCCCUGAUGUCGCCCCUGUUCCUUCACCUGUGGCCAUCAGCACCGGGAUGCAUUGGCCUGCCUCUCCCAGGAGUCUGGGAUCCCCUGGUUUAAACAGGGUGGAGUCCUGAGGAACGCAGGGCCUCCGGCUGGAAGAUCUGAGUUCACAUCUUGGCUCCAAGCAACCUGAGGCAACUUGUUGAGAUCUCUGGGCCUCAGUUCCCUCAUCUGUAAAAUGGAGAUAAUAGGACCGCCUCCACGGCCUUGUGGAGACUAACGCAGAGAACGCACAGAUGCAAAGCCUGGUGUGUUGGAGGCCUCAAACACUUUGCUCACGCCAUCAUUAGAGACGCUUGCAAGAGUUUCCUAACUGGUACUCGUGUUUUGUUUAUCACCCCUCCAAUCCAUCUGCACAGUGGUCAGACCUCUCCUCCUGGGGUAGGAACCUUCACUGGCUCCCGGAAGCCUGGCAUUCACUUCGGAUGUGGUGUGCCUUCUAGUUCGCUGCAGCUCUUGGUGCUCUGAUGUGCUUCUGGCUCUUGUGUAAGACACACACACACACACACGCUUGC